AUGGUUGGAUCUAUCAACAACACCGCCCCCGCCAACGUCGGCAUCCACGCCCUCGAGUUCUACCACCCCUCCAAGUUUGUUGAUCAGACUGAGCUCGAGCAGUUCGAUGGCGUCUCUGCCGGAAAGUACACGAUCGGUCUUGGUCAGACCCAGAUGGCCGUCUGCGAUGACCGCGAGGACAUCAACUCGAUCUCCCUCACCGUCGUUCAGAACCUCAUUGAGAAGCACGGUUUGUCCUUCAAGGACAUUGGUUUCUUGGAGGUUGGCACAGAGUCCAUCAUCGACAAGUCCAAGUCUGUCAAGACCGUCUUGAUGUCCCUCUUCGAGGAGUCUGGCAACAACGAUGUCGAGGGUAUCGACACCAAGAACGCCUGCUACGGUGGUACCGCCUCUGUCUUCCACGCCGUCAACUGGGUCGAGUCCUCCUCCUGGGACGGUCGCCUCGCCUUGGUCGUCGCUGCCGAUAUCGCCUCCUACGCCGAAGGCCCCGCCCGCCCCACUGGUGGUGCUGGUGCCGUUGCCAUCUUGAUCGGACCCAACGCUCCUCUCGUCCUUGACCAGGGUGUCCGUGCCACCCACAUGAACCAUCUCUGGGACUUUUACAAGCCCGAGCUCGCCUCUGAAUACCCCACCGUCGAUGGACACUUUUCCAACACCUGCUACAUUCGCUCUGUCGAUGCCUGCUACAGCCUCUUCACCAAGAAGUACUCCAAGCGUUACAGCCCCAACCCCGAGCAGUUGAUCAAGUCCGAGGAUCUCGACUACUCCGUCUUCCAUGCCCCCAACUGCAAGUUGGUCCAGAAGGCUUUCGGCCGCAUGGCCUACAACGACAUGCUCCAGGAUCCCGAGAACGAGAUCUAUGCCUCGGUCAAGGACUUUGCCAAGUUUGCCCACUCUGAGGAGUCUUACUACGACAAGGGUCUCGAGCGCGCUAUGAUGCAGUUCACCAAGGCCGAGUACCAGAAGAAGGUUAUCCCCUCGCUCUAUGCCGCCACCAACGUCGGAAACAUGUACACUGCCUCUGUCUGGGCCUCGUUGUCUUCGUUGUUGUCGUCUGCCUCCGACGAGGAGAUCAUCAACAAGCGUAUCGGUCUCUUCUCGUACGGUUCCGGCUCCGCUGCGACCUUCUUCUCGCUCAAGGUUGUCAGCUCGACCGAGAAGUUCAGGGAGACUCUCCAGAUCAAGACCCGUCUUGCCAACCGCACCAAAGUCACCCCCGAGGUUUUCGCUAAGCUCUUGAAGCUCCGUGAGGAGACUGCGCUGCUGAAGGACUACAACCCCAUUGGCGACAUCUCGACCUUGGCCAAGGGCACCUACUACCUCAUCCGCAUCGACGAGAAGUUCCGUCGUACCUAUGCCCGCGCUUAA